GUGUGAGCGAAUCUCCAGCUUGAAGGUGGAUAGCGCCAUGAUCGCUACUCAGGCGGAGGAGCAAAUCCUAGCACUAAGAGGUAGAAGCAAUGCACAACAGCAGGCGAGCAAGUGGAAACAAAGAAAGCAGUACCAGCAUACGAGGAACAGUGAUAAUGUAAACAAACCACCUGGGCCGUGUUGGUUAUGUGGAGACGCUCAUUGGGCAAGUGAGUGCUCAUAUGCUCUGCACAAGUGUCGCGAUUGUAACGUAACCGGUCACCGAGAAGGUUUUUGCAACCAGCAGAAAAGAGGCAACAAAAAGGGGAAGUACAAGAAAAAAAACGCACGUCGGUGGACAUGCGUACGGUGACGGUCAAUGUUUGUAAUGUCCAGCAAGCUAGAAAAUUUGUUAACAUUUUCAUCAACAGUAACAGGGUCCGCCUGCAGCUUGACACUGGAUCGGAUAUUACAGUAAUCGGACGAGAAACGUGGCAGCAGCUGGGUAAGCCAACACUGAAGCCGGUAACAGUCCACGCAAAAACAGCAUCUGGGUCCCGCCUUGAAUUGGAUGGUGAAUUCGAGGCACAGAUAACGAUCGGUGACAGAACGCGGUCUGCUGUUAUACGCGUUAUGGACUCGGCCUUGCAUCUUUUGGGGGCCGAUAUGAUAGCAACGUUCGAGCUCGGUGCCGUCCCCAUGGACCAGUUUUGCAACAAGGUGGAAGCAGAGGGAGUGAAAUGGGAGAGCCGAUUCCCUGCAUUGUUUAAAGGCAACGGAUUGUGCACCAAGGCGAAUGUACAGAUUCAGCUCAAGCCAAAUCACCGUUCUGUGUUUUGUCCCAAGCGCCCGGUAGCGUACGCGAUGCGAGCAACGGUGGACAAGGAGCUCGAUCGCUUAGAGGAUCUAGGGGUGAUUACUCCGGUGGAUUAUUCGGACUGGGCGGCCCCAAUUGUGGUGGUGAGGAAGCAGAACGGCAGCGUGCGGAUUUGUGGAGAUUAUUCAACUGGGUUGAAUGCAGCUCUUCAAUCGUACGAAUAUCCACUCCCACUCCCAGAGGAUAUUUUUGCAAAACUGGCACAAUGCAAGUAUUUUUCAAAAAUCGAUCUAACGGAUGCAUUCUUGCAGGUACAAAUUAAAGAGGAAUAUCGUCCACUCCUGACGAUUAACACGCAUCGCGGAUUGUACCAUUACAACCGUCUACCGCCUGGCAUUAAAAUUGCUCCAGCCGCGUUCCAGCAACUCAUCGAUGCAAUGCUCUCCGGCCUAAAAUGUACAUCUGGGUACAUGGAUGAUGUAGUUGUUGUUGGCAAAACAGAACGCGAGCACGAUGAGAAUUUGCUCAACCUUUUCCGGCGCAUAAAGGAGUACGGAUUUACAAUCCGAGCGGAAAAGUGUUCGUUUAAAAUGCCAAGGAUAGAGUACCUGGGUUUUGUUAUCGACAGACAGGGUCUCAGACCAAACCCAGCGAAAAUAGAUGCGAUCCUGAAGAUGCCAGCACCGACGAACGUUAGUGAGGUUCGGUCCUUUCUGGGUGCUGUGAAUUAUUACGGCAAAUUUGUACCAAAGAUGCGAGAAUUGCGAUACCCGCUGGAUGCAUUGCUCAAAAACGACACCAAAUUUGUUUGGACACGGGAGUGCGCAAAUGCUUUUAACAGGUUCAAAGACCUGUUAGCAUCCGACUUGCUGCUGACGCACUACGACCCGAAUGCAGAGAUAGUGGUCUCUGCCGAUGCAUCGUCGGUUGGACUAGGCGCGACCAUAAGCCACAGGUACGCGGAUGGCUCGCUGAAGGUUGUCCAGCACGCAUCGAGAGCCCUUACGAAGGCUGAAGCAAAUUAUAGCCAAAUUGACCGCGAAGGUUUGGCGAUUAUAUUUGCUGUGAAAAAGUUUCAUAAGAUGCUGUUUGGGCGCCAUUUCCGACUGCAAACCGAUCAUCGACCCUUGUUGCGGAUUUUCGGGUCACAUAAGGGUAUACCAGUGUACACGGCAAAUAGGUUGCAGCGGUUUGCAUUGCAGUUGCUGAUGUACGAUUUUACCAUCGAGUACGUGCAAACCGAUAAGUUUGGCAAUGCGGGCGUGCUCUCAAGGUUGAUACACGAGCACGCAAAACCGGAUCCGGAAUACGUAAUCGCAAGAGCUGAGUUGGAAAAUGAUGUAAGUUCCAUAGCAUCAUACUGUAUUAAUAUAUUUCCACUCAAUUUUAGAGACGUUGCGAAGGCCACGGAGUCCGACCCUGUCCUGAAGAAGGUUUACGGAUACAUCAUGGAAGGGUGGCCCCAAAAUGUCGCGUAUGCUGCAGAGCUGGCUUGCUUUUACCACAGAAGCGAAGCCCUAACCACGGUGCGUGGUUGCAUUUUGUUUGGGGAAAGAGUGGUGAUCCCUAGCAAGCUGCAGCAGCGUUGCUUGAAGCAACUACAUGAAGGGCACCCCGGUAUCCAGCGAAUGAAGUCGAAGGCCCGGAGUUACGUGUACUGGCCAUCCGUUGAUAAGGACAUAACGGAGCACGUAAAGGGAUGCCACGCUUGUGCGAUAGCGGCGAAGACUUCACCUCGCGAGAAACCUGUUCCCUGGCCAGCGACACAGAAACCUUGGGAACGUAUUCACAUCGAUUUCGCUGGGCCAAUCGAUGGUGACUAUUUUCUGAUCGUGGUAGACGCGUUUACCAAGUGGCCAGAGGUGAUACGAACGUGA